AUGCCAAAAGAAAAUAAACACGCAAGAGGAAGAAGAGAUACCUUGAAAAGAAAGAGGGAAGAAGAUUUGGAAAGGGAAGAGAAUCAUGAUAACCUCACUCAGGAUUUGAAAAGGCGGAGAUCAUCACAAGAUGAAGCCGUUUCUUUCAUAGCCCUGGACAACGAUAAGACUUUUCCCUCAUUUUCAGCUGGCACAGGUACAAAUGCAAUCGAAGUGGCAGAUCGUCCAUAUUAUGGAUUACUCGAAGAUGAAGAACAAGAAUAUUUCAAAAGGGCUGAUGAAUUACUCGAAUUGAACAAUUUCCCUUCAGAAGAAGAACGAAGUCUUUUCCUCGCAAAUGUAUAUCGGGAAGCCAGAGGGAAGGAAUUGAAGAUUGCGUGCAGUCAAUCAUGCUCGAGGUUAAUGGAGAGAUUGAUUUUGUUGAGUACAGCUCAACAGAAGAAGAAAUUGUUCACUCAAUUUGCCGGAAAUUUUCCUCAUUUGGUGUCACAUCGUUUUGCAAGUCAUUGUUGUGAGAUGUUGUUCAUUCAAUCUGCUUCUAUCGUUACAGAGGAACUUACUGGGGCAGAAAAGAAAGAGCAAAAGAAAGAGGCAGAGGCAAAGGAUGAGGAAGAUGGGGAAGGAAAAGAAGAUGAGAUUACCGAGUCCAUGGAAAGUUUGUUUCUAGCCACAUUGGAUGAACUCGAAGGACAAUUAUCUUCCCUUCUCACCGAUCGAUUCGCAUCUCAUACACUUAGAGUUUUACUCAUCAUCCUUUCUGGACGACCUUUGGAAAAAUCUUCGACAAAAUCAUUACUACAAAGCAAGAAGAAGGAAAAGAUUGGUAUAAAUGGAUUGGAUACCGCCCCUACAGAGUUCUCUCUCAAUAAGCGCACUGUGCCGGAAUCUUUCUUAUGGGCUAUUGAGAAGAUUAUUUCGGAUACAAUUGCUUCCAUGGAUAGAGCUUUCAUUCAGGUUUUAGUUGGACAUCCUACUGGAAAUCCUUGUUUACAAUUGUUACUCGAAUUGGAACUCACAAACCCAAGCUCAAAGAAAGGUGGCAAUUCCGAACAAAAGACUCUUAUUUCUACACUUUUACCAGAUGAUAUCACUGUGGAAGGUAGUCAAUCCGCCAUCUUCGUCAAUGGUAUUGUCUAUGAUCAGAUUGGAUCUAGAGUUUUGGAAACGAUCAUGUCACAUGCUCCAGGAAAGUUAUUCAAACAAAUUUACCGAGCAAUCUUCAAGGAUCGAAUCGCAGGAUUGGCACGAAAUGAGAUCGCAUCUUACGUCGUUAUUCGAGUUUUAAAUCGUCUUAGCAAAGAAGACCUUGAGGAAGCAAUCACAGAAAUCUCUCCCCAGAUUGAAGGUUUGGUGACCAGAAAUCGAACAAACAUUAUCAAGGUCUUAUUGGAACGAUGCCAAGCUCGACGCGCAAGCACAGAACCUCUCACAAAUAGUAUUGCUGCUGCAUAUGGAUCCGAUAAGAACCAAUUAAUCUUGAAGAUGGCUGAUAUCUCUCUCGAAACUCUUACAGCAGCUACCGCACCACCUCCAGUAGCCAUCGAUGAUGACAAACCAGCUCCAGUCACUGUUUUACCUAAACCUAGUCCAUCUCAACUUCAUGGAUCUUUACUUGCUCAAGCAAUGCUUAAAAUUCCUGGAUCACCUUCUCAACUCAUUCAAAAUUCUUUGUUGUCACUUCCUACUUCUACCAUACUUGCCCUCUCUUUAUAUCCAACCACGACUCACAUAAUUCAAGCAUCACUUCUUCCCAUCUCCGCCUAA